AUUAACUUGUCGAGCGUUAGCGAAAUGGCGUGAACGAAACAUCCGCGCAGAUAACACGAGCGCCAUAGUGGUGUUCUUCGACGAACACGAAAAAGCGGUUCCACCUUAUCUACCCUAUUCUCCGCCAAGCGACACAGAAACGGAACUGGGCGAAGCCACGCCGAGUCUAUCCCGAAGUAACUCAUCGACGGCUUCGAGUUCGCCCGAAGACAUACCGAAGUUGAAACGAGAAAACGCAUUGUACGAUAGGUCAUCGUUCAGUGACACUCACAGCGACAAAAAAAGACAGCAUUCGCAUGGUUUCGAUAGCGAGACAGAAAGGGAACUAAAAAGGAUUGUUCUUAGUGACGACUAG